AUGUCCCAUUCUGAAAAGGACAUAGAAGCCGAGGCAAAUGUCAGGUCUCCCUCUCUGUCAAGCACAAGUAGCACAGACAACAUCAGCCACACCAAUCAUUUUGCUGAACAGAGUGACCUCGAGAAGGUGUAUUCUCGUCACGAGGACAAGGAUGUCGCUGUCGAGGUCGUCCCAACGAUAGAUCCUGACGUGGUAAAUUGGGAUGGACCCGACGACCCAGAAAACCCUUUGAACUGGCCUUCGCGGCGGAAAUGGACCAAUAUCUUCCUGUUGGCAAUCAUCACUACUUUAACACCCCUUGCAUCUUCAAUGUUUGCACCAGGUGUUCCACAGAUGAUGGAAGAUUUCCACGAGACGAGCACCGAUCUGGCAUCAUUUUCUGUCUCGAUUUAUAUCGUGGGAUAUGCUUUUGGCCCACUAUUCAUCGCUCCGCUUUCUGAGCUCUACGGCCGCCUUUGGGUGUAUCACAUCAACACAUUCUUGUUCAUUGUUUUCUCCAUUGGCUGUGCCAAAUCAACAAACUUGUCUAUGCUGCUUGUUUUUCGUCUGCUUGCUGGUACGGCGGGGUCGUGUCCUCUGACUGUGGGCUCGGGCUCUAUCGCCGACACCUUCAGGCAAGAUCAACGAGGCAUGGUCAUGUCAGUGUGGACUUUUCCAAUUCUUUUCGGUCCGUCUCUCGGGCCGGUGGUUGGAUCCUACCUGUCUGCUGCGGCAGGCUGGCAAUGGACUUUCUGGUUCCUCGCUAUCUGUGGAGGCGUAUUGCUCGUCAUCGCCGUGUUCAUCCAACGCGAAACGUAUCCGCCGGUUCUGCUAGAGCGCAAAGUCCGACGCCUCCAAAAAGAAACCGGCAACGACAAGCUUCGAUCCGCACUGCAGUCGACCAAAACGCCGCGCCAGCUAUUCCUCAUUUCAAUUGUGCGGCCAACGAAAAUGCUACUCUUCUCUCCAAUCAUCUUCGGGCUCUCGCUGUACAUUGCCGUCACCUACGGAUACAUGUACAUCCUCAUCACGACCAUGACAUUCAUCUUUCACGAAGGCUACGGCAUCAGCCUCAGCAACGUGGGUCUCGUGUAUCUGGGCUUCGGAGCCGGGCAAUUCAUCGGCUUGAUAGCGUUUGGGUUUUUCUCCGACAGGUAUCUGCGACGGCUGGCGAAAGGCGGCGAGAUGAAACCAGAGUACCGCCUCCCCUUGCUGUGGCCCGGCGCCUUCACCAUCCCGUGCGGCCUCUUCCUGUACGGCUGGAGCGCACACUACCAUGUGCACUGGAUCGUGCCCAUCAUCGGAACCUGCCUUCUGGGCAUCGGCAUGAUCACCUGCUUCAUGCCCAUCGGCACCUACCUCGUCGACGCAUACACCGCGUACGCCGCCAGCGCCAUGGCAGCGAAUACCGUGCUGCGCAGCUUGGGUGGAGCCUUUUUGCCGCUUGCCGGUCGUCGCUUGUACGCCACGUUGGGUAUUGGAUGGGGAAAUAGUCUGUUGGCGUUCAUCGCCAUAGCCAUGCUCCCCAUGAUGUGGUUCUUCGUCAAGUACGGCGAGCAUAUCCGCACGCACCCCAGGUUUCAGCUGAAACUGUGA